UAUGUCGGGAGCAAUUUAAAAUUUAGGUCAAUAUCUGCAACAUGAAUAUACCCCGGGAUCGACUAUUAGGUCUUCCUAAUAGGGUAUUAAUGAAAAUGGAUUGUCGGGGGCAUGGCAAGUAUUCACGGCUCUUACGCAAUUGUUUGUGUGUCUAUGUAUUAUCUUCCGUCGUUCUUAUCGUUUUACAGACCGGGCUACAUUUAUUACAGAUCCGCUGACAGAAUCGGCUCGAAAGUAUUGUCGACAGUCGUGUUUCUCGGCUCAAAACUGCCGAACCGGAACGAGGUUUCUGCAUCCAUUGUCAGUUUGUCACCGCUUCCAUGGGCUUUUCCAAAAAAACUUGUCUCGGACGAGAGAAACGGAAAUCUUUUCUCUAAUCUAUGAAAAUAGAUACGCUUCUGUUUUCAAGGUGUUCAAAAUGAUCCCAACCCAAGUGAUUAUGUCUAGAACGUUUCACAAAGCAAACUGGGUCUCAUUCCUGAUAGUGAGGUAAGAGGUAGAAUAGAAACUUGGAUACUACAACCUGGAGGACAAUAUUAUACCAACCAUUCAACACCAUUUCGUUUGAGGCGAGCUGGAAGGUUCAUGGGUUUGGAGGUAGUGGAGAGGGCUUGAGGAGUAAGGCUGAAAGAUUGGCGUGGAACUUGAACAAGUGGGAACGUUUUUUAACAAAGGGAAUGUUAAGGUCAUAGUGAGAAGUUGCUGUUCGAAUUCCGUUUACCUCGGAAGCGGGCAGGUGGCCUCUAGUGAUAUGGCUAUGGAAGUACCCCAAGUAGACAGCACGAGGGAACACCCUCCGAAGAAAAGAAAAGCGACGUCUUCUUAUCAAGGUGGAAGCGAUGAUGAUACAGGCAAUGACAAUAAAUCUUCGCGCACUGACGGGCAUAAAAAGCAAAACCACAGUGAGAUUGAAAAAAGAAGGAGGGAUAAAAUGAAUACAUAUAUCACAGAGUUGUCAGCUAUGAUUCCAAUGUGUCAUGCAGUUUCCCGUAAACUGGACAAAUUAACAGUACUUAGAAUGGCAGUACAGCAUAUGAAAACGAUCAGGGGUGCCGUUCAAUCUUACACCGAUGGAAACUACAAACCUUCAUUUCUUUCCGAUUUACAACUGAAACAACUAAUCAAACAGGCAGCGGAAGGUUUUCUAUUUGUUGUCGGCUGUGACCGAGGAAGAAUUCUUUACGUUUCUGAAUCAGUGACACAGGCAUUAAACUAUUCACAAGCUGAUCUUUUAGGGCAGAAUUGGUUCGACAUCCUUCAUCCAAAGGACGUCGCCAAAGUAAAAGAACAACUUUCUUCUUCACAUCUCAGCCCUAGAGAAAGGUUUAUUGAUGCAAAAACGAUGCUUCCCAUGAAAACAGAAAUUCCUCAACAGGGCUCUAGAUUGAGCCCGGGGGCGAGGAGGUCGUUCUUUUGUAGAAUGAAGUGCAAAACAUCAGGCACACUGAUAAAAGGAGGAGCCGACACAACAACCGAUAUCCAUAGGCGAAAAAAGCAACCAUGUCCCGACAAGAAGUACCGUGAAAUUCAGUGUACAGGAUACUUGAAACCUUGGGCCACGACGAAAAUUGGCUUGGACGAGGACAAAGAAAUGGACGCAGAGGGGGAUGCGUGUAACUUGUCUUGUUUAGUCGCCAUGGGAAGAGUCAUAGCCAUACCACUGCCGCCUUACAUCCCGAUGAAGCACUACCAGCAUCCUUUGAACAUAAGACCUCUCCAGUUCAUCUCCCGUCAUGCGAUGGACGGUAAAUUUCUGUUUGUCGAUCAAAGGGCGACUUUAGUAUUAGGAUUUCUACCCCAAGAGCUUCUCGGUUCCAGUAUGUAUGAAUAUUACCAUAAAGACGACAUCAAUCAUCUUGCAGACACGCAUAAAUUAGCAUUGCAAAGUAAAGAACCCAUUAUGACAAAAGUGUACAAGUUUAGAUGUAAAAACGGAGUUCACGUACACCUACAGAGUGAGUGGAAAUCUUUCAGAAACCCUUGGACCAAAGAAGGCGAACACAUGAUAGCAAAAAAUUCAAGAGUCAUUGUUGAAGGAGAACCUCAGGUAGAGAGCAGUAUUUCAAAUCUUGACGGGACCUGUCAGCCACCUUCAAACUAUGACUUUUAUAAAAACUCACCGAGUAAUGGAGAACUUAACGAGAGAGAAAUGUCCAGGUAUAUAACAUCACAUGUUGAAGCGAGCAAUAUCGGAAGGAAAAUUGCCGAUGAAGUUUUAAAUGAACAAUGUAGGUCUUUGGACUCGUCUAACAUUAGCACACCUUCGCCUGUACCUCCUCAAAACAUUCCAGAGGUGCAUACAACAAAUGCCACCUCACCUAGUCACAUGCUGCAAACUAAUGGUUUUCUGAAAUCCACACAAAAGAACUCUUGCUGUGGCGAAGAUAAUUAUUCUGUAAUUAGAAACAACGUAACCCUGUCCAGCAUAGGCAGUGAAAGAGGGGAUGGAGAUGAAAUGAUGGAAAUGAUAGGUGGUGCUGUCUCACAGCAAGCUGCUCCGACAGACGGCAAUGAUGAAGCUGCUAUGGCUGUGAUAAUGAGUCUACUUGAAGCAGACGCUGGACUCGGCGGCCCGGUCGAUUUCAACGGCCUACCUUGGCCACUUCCUUAGAUUUUUAAUUUAUUUUGUAUUUUUAUACUUCUGUUUAGUUUUUGUUUUUUCAAUCUUUUAAGUUUACAAACUAUAACGGUGGGCAUAGUUACACAUUUGUUUAUUUGUAAAUUUUUUUUUGUAAGAAUUCUUCAAAUAAAUUAUUUUUAAUAUCAGCAACCCCUAUUGUUUUGUAAAUAAUGUAACGACAUAUUGCAAGAAAUUUAUUCCUUUUGUAUCUUUAAAAUAUUGUAAAAAUCAUACAAUUAAUUAAGGUUUUUAGUUG